CCUGGUUUUUGAAGCAUAAGAUGGGGCUAGAAAAGGUUGAUUUCUUCGAAAAAUUUGCUCUUUAAUAUGCUACUAUACUGUUUUCUAAGUUUGCUUAUCUAAGGAAAAUCAAAUGCAGCAAAUUUAAUAGCGUAAAGUCGCUCUGACACUAAGAGUGAAGAGUACUUGUUCUUGUGGAGGCUCAUCCGUGAAUUAGAUGACUCUGUAGUCAACUUGCUCACUCUAGACAGGUAAACUGGCGGAAGAAAGUCUUCACGCGGAACUAUUCUAAUCUUGUGUACAUUAUAAAUAUAACGUUCGUUUUCGGAAUAAUUUCCAGUGUCGCAAUAAUAUAGCCACUUCACUUGACUAACAGGUGUCUAUGCUUGCUGUAUGGUCGAUGCCGUAAAUCCUGGUUUCUUGGUUAGGCCUAACUGUCCUGCCUGAGGAAAAGGACCUAGAUAUCUGAUCUGCAAAGAACGAAGUCUGUCUGUUCUGAAGAAAAUGGAUGUAGAACCUGCUCCUACUCAUGAUGAAAGCAAGUACAAUUGUUUGUCAAAUUUGUACAUUGAGAAGAAAAUUGGAAAGGGACAGUUUUCAGAAGUUUAUAGAGCCAAAUGCCUCAUUGAUAAUGAAACUGUAGCUUUGAAGAAAAUACAGAUUUUCCAGAUCAUGGAUCACAAGGCAAGAAAUGACUGCAUCAAAGAGAUAGAACUUCUAAAGUCCUUGAAUCAUCCAAAUGUCAUCAAAUGUCUAGCAUCUUUCAUAGAAAACAAUGAGUUAAAUAUUGUAUUGGAGCUAGCUGAUGCUGGAGAUUUGUCAAAGAUGAUAAAGCACUUCAAGAAAAACAAACGACUUAUCCCAGAAAAAACUAUAUGGAAAUACUUUGUACAGCUAACAGCUGCACUUGAACAUAUGCAUUCAAGAAGAGUGAUGCACAGAGAUAUCAAGCCAGCCAAUGUGUUUAUUACUGCAAAUGGUGUUGUUAAGUUAGGUGAUCUCGGAUUAGGAAGGUACUUCAGUUCAAAGACAACAGCUGCACAUUCAUUAGUUGGAACCCCAUACUAUAUGUCACCAGAAAGAAUUCAUGAGAAUGGCUAUAAUUUCAAGUCAGAUAUUUGGUCACUGGGUUGUCUGCUUUAUGAGAUGGCAGCACUGCAGUCUCCUUUCUAUGGAGAUAAAAUGAAUCUUUAUUCUCUAUGCCAAAAGAUUGAAAAAUGUGAAUAUCCUCCCCUUCCUGCCGAAUACUACUCUGAGGAGUUGCGGAGUUUGGUAGAGCUAUGCAUAAAUCCUGACCCAGACAAAAGACCUGACAUAUUUUACAUACACAGUGUUGCAAAGAAGAUGCAUGCUGUCAAAGUUUCAUAAACAAUGAUAGUAAACCUUUUAGUCAAAGGUCAGAGGCACUUACCUUAAUUCCAAUGGCUAAUUAACAAAACAAUAUUGUUUCUGAUAUGGCGACAAACCUUUGAAGAAACUUUCAAAGAUUUUCUUCUCCUUUUAGAUAGAAAUCCCAAAAUGCACUUAUUUGAUCAUGAGACACAGUAUUUUGAAAUAUUUUGCAGGGUGUAAAGUUUUAUUUAAUAUGCUACUAGUGUUAAUAGAAGUGUUUUUCAUCAUCUGACAUCAACUACAGUUGACUUGCAUCCAGGGGUGGCACCAGAAAUUUUCCAACAAAACAGCUGUCAAUCUACAAUUAAAAUACCUUUAUAAUACCAGGUUUUAAUAGCAAGCUUGGUUUUUUAUCUUUUGAGAGGGGAGAGGUGCUAGCAUUUUCCUAAUGCCACCCCUUCUUGCAUCAAGUCAUAAUUUCUUCAGGUAAAAAUUUGAAGAAAAAGAAACUACAACUUGUCAAACUUGAAAGGCAAGUGCAAUCAUAUUUAUAUUUGUUUCUUUAAAAACUGACAGAUUUUUCUGAAUUAUAAGCAAUCCAAUUCUUAUGUUGCCAUUGAUAAAUGGGCCAAUGUCAAAAGAGUUGAAGCACAGUCAACUUGACGAUUUUAUUGUGUGAAAAUGUCAAGCUCACCCCAUGAAUAAGUGUUUGCUUAUGCUGCCAUCUAUGAACCGAAUUGUGCUUUACUGGAUGUAAUAUCACCAAAUACCCUCUCCCUACCUUCAUCUUUUACAGCUCACAAAAUUGAUGUAUAUAUAUUUCCAUUAAAGAGUUUGCUAUAAGCAGACUUGCCCUUAGCAUUUAUAAUAUUGUUUUAUUGUGGAUAAUCAUUGCUUUGUUGGGCAGGACCCAAAGUUCGGCUUAUUUGUUAUUGAUAAUAUUCGCUUCCCGGUAAAGUUAACUCAUCUAGGCCUGUCUUCUUUAUUCAUUUCAUUCCAUGUUAAAUAAAAGUGAAAUCACUUGCACUGAAUGUAUCUAUAAUUUUCUGAUUGAACCAAUUUAAAUCAAUCUUUGGAAAGCUAGCUUAACAUUUAAUAUCUUGCAAAACCAAAUCAAGGGUUUUUUCUUAGUUAAAACAGUAUUUAGUUGUAUUGUAUUUCUGAAAAUAUUGUGUGCAUCCAGUUCAUUACUGUAACAUUUUAGUAUUUAAAAUAUAACUUGCUUUGUUACUAAAUGAUGUAAAGUAUCAACCUAGAAAAGAUACCUUUACGCAAAUUGAAAAACAAAGCAUGCAUUGGAAGUUAUGACCUAUUCAAAGACUCAUUUGAGUUUUCCCUCUUUUACUUUUUAACUUUUUCUUUUCAUUUUUAUUUAGAAAGACUAACUGUUUUUUUGUGCUAAAUCAGUUUGUUAUGUAUUCUUAGAAAAAGCAAAAUUGUAGACAUAUUCUCAGUAAGAAAAUUUUUGGUUGGUAUUCUGUCCUUCAUGCAGUCUAUUAUAAACAUGCUUUCUAACGUGGC